UACUCUUAUCGGGCUUUCUUUUAGGGUUUUAUUCUUAUUCUUUGAGUUCUUACCCUUAGAGUGGUGCGGACGCUUAAAAUUUUAUCUCAGUGCAGCAGGUGCGUGAGGCUAAGGUUCCGAUUUGUUGGUAAGCCAUGGCGACUCAGAUGAGCAAAAAGAGAAAGUUUGUUGCUGAUGGAGUGUUUUUCGCUGAGCUGAACGAGGUUCUCACACGUGAGCUUGCAGAGGAUGGAUAUUCAGGUGUGGAGGUCCGUGUGACUCCUAUGCGAACAGAGAUCAUCAUUCGUGCCACUCGUACACAGAAUGUUCUUGGUGAAAAGGGGCGGAGGAUUAGGGAGUUAACUUCUGUAGUGCAAAAAAGGUUCAAUUUCCCGGAGAACACUGUUGAGCUCUAUGCGGAAAAGGUGAACAACAGGGGCUUGUGUGCAAUUGCACAAGCCGAGUCUUUGCGAUACAAGUUGCUUGGAGGGCUUGCUGUCAGAAGGGCUUGUUAUGGUGUGCUUAGGUUCAUCAUGGAAAGUGGUGCGAAGGGUUGUGAGGUUAUAGUAAGCGGCAAACUCAGGGCACAGCGUGCUAAAUCAAUGAAGUUUAAGGAUGGAUAUAUGAUAUCUUCCGGCCAACCAGUCAAUGAAUACAUUGACAAGGCAGUGCGACAUGUUCUUUUGCGUCAGGGUGUCCUUGGAAUUAAAGUGAAAAUAAUGUUGGACUGGGAUCCCAAGGGAAAACAGGGUCCCAUGACGCCACUGCCUGACUUGGUUACCAUUCACACUCCUAAAGAAGAGGAGGAAUUUGCCCUCAAACCCCAGCUUGGGAAAGAAACUGAAAUAAUUGUCUAGGCAGCUUUGUGUAAAUUGCAUGCACUUCAAUUUUGCAUUAUUAUUAGUUCUUUAGGAAGAUCCAGAACUUUAAAAUAUGUUCUCAAGAUAUGCAUGCGGAUUAAAAAUCAAUGAGACCUGUUCAAGGUAUCCUAUUUUUAUUUAAUUUUUAUUUAAUUUUUAUUCUUGCAGCAUUUAUGAAAUGUUGUAAUGCUAUCUUUUUGAUCUUUUUGCAAUCCCUGCGUCACAUGGGCCACCAACUUUGUUAUGUGCUAGAGAAUUGAAUAUAAUAGUUUUAUUUGA